AUGCCUGCUGCCGGGUCCCGCCUGAACCGGCUCCUGCUGCUCGUGCUGGUCUUUGGAGCCUCGCUGGGCAUCGCCCAUGGCGCGCACAAGUCGCUGACCCUCGAGGACCUUGAUGAGAAGCUCCAGGUAAGGACGCCAUUCCCCUUCCCUCCCUCUUGGCAAGGACUCACACCCAGGUAUGAUCUAUAUUUGCACGAGCUAAUUCCUACCUUUUCACCGCAACCACAACAGUCAUGCUCGGUCGUCAAGCAGCUCAACGCCGACAAGGCGGCCCACGCGCACGCGACCGGCUCGCUGACGUCCAAGAUCUUCGCCGUGCUCUUCCCCGGCAGCCCGGCCGUCAACGCCAUCCUCGCGACGCUCUACAUCUCGGGCCCGCCCAACUUCCUGCUGGCGCUGUGCCCGCCCAACAUCGACCCGGGCUCGCUGUCGGUCAUGGUCGCGUUCGCCGUCGGCGGGCUCAUGGGCGACACGCUGUUCCACCUGCUGCCCGAGAUCUUUGUCGGCGAGGACGAGCCCGACCGCGCGCGCUUCGUGCUCGUCGAGCCCAACCGCAACCUGCUGCUCGGCGCGGCCAUCCUCGUCGGCUUCAUGACCUUUGUCGCCAUGGACAAGGGCCUGCGGAUCGCGACGGGCGGGGCCGGGGGCCAUGACCACGGCGGGCACUCGCACGGCGGGCACGGGCACGACCAUGCUGCUGUUGAUCACGCGGCCGCGUCGGCGUCGUCGACGGCCGUCGAGAAGCAGAAUGGCAAGGGCGGCGCCAAGAACCGGAAGAAGGAGGGCAAGGCGCUCGUCGAGGAGACGGCCAAGGCCGCCGAGGCCGGCAAGGAGCUGAACCCCAGCGUCAAGCUGGGCGGCUACCUCAACCUGAUCGCCGACUUCACGCACAACAUCACCGACGGCCUGGCCAUGUCGGCCUCGUUCUACGCGUCCCCGACCAUCGGCGCCACGACGACCGUCGCCGUCUUCUUCCACGAGAUCCCCCACGAGGUCGGCGACUUCGCGCUGCUCGUGCAGUCGGGCUUCUCCAAGCGCGCGGCCAUGGGCGCCCAGUUCGUCACGGCGCUCGGCGCGCUGCUGGGCACGCUCAUCGGCAUCGCGAUCCAGGAAUUUGGCGGGUCCGGCAGCACUGGGCCCGACGGGCAGGCUGGCGGCCUGACGUCGGGCCUCUGGGGCACGAGCCUGACGUGGGGCGACAUGCUGCUGCCCUUCACGGCGGGGACGUUCCUCUACGUCGGCACGGUGGCCGUCAUCCCGGAGCUGCUCGAGACGGGGCCCGACAAGGCGGUCGAGAUCCGCAAGACGCUGACGCAGUUUGCGGCCAUUGCCGUCGGCGCUGGCAUCAUGCUUUACAUCUCGUGGCACGACUAG